AUGAAGAGCAAUACCACUUCCGGUCUUCACCUUUCGGUCUGCGUAUCCGUCUGCGCGUUAAUGGUCAUAUUCUCUGUCACUGACCUGGCUUACGCUAAGCGCGGUUGUUCAGCGUUUGGCCAUUCCUGUUUCGGUGGGCAUGGGAAGAGGUUUGAUCCACAUAUACGCGACAACGUGUUGCAAGAAAACGACGGUGCAUCUGGUGUAAGACAUCAAGAGAUGGAGGCUUUGCUUUUGAACAACGAGAUAGUUGCGCCAGAGAAAAAGUUCGAGAGCCAAUCUGAGAUAGUUCUUCCUCAGUCGCGUCGUCGGGUUUCCCCGAUAUUGGAUCCCUUCACGUUGUCCUUCAUCAUUCGACAAUUGUUGGCGUCGAACCAUCGCCCUUAUCAACCGGAUGUGGAGCUUAAUAAGGAAUAG